AUGCCCUGCAUGUGUUUUUUCUUUUCUUUUUAAGGCACCAGACUCAGCCCUAGAGAGAUUUGUCACUUUUCAGGGCUUCAGUCCACUUGUUCAGAUGCAAGGAAAGAUAGUCCGCUGUGGUGCUUCAGCAGAUGACAAUGUGAUGGAAUGAGCCAAGGACGAUGGGAUCCCGGAUCAAGGAAAAUCCUCAGAAAAUAUUUGACCUGUUCUUUGAAGCUGCCUGUCCAACGCUUGCAGAAGAUGAUCCUCAAGUGCUUAGACAGUUCCCUCCGGAGUUCGAUGACCAGGAUUCAAUCCAGAUACUGCCCAAGUUUUGCUUCCCCUUUGAUGUCGAAAGGGUCAAGGAGAGCCCUACGAUCCAACAUUUCACUUUUGUACUCACCGAUAUGGAUGGAAAGCAACGCUUUGGUUUCUGCCGCUUGGCCGUGGCCUUCCGCACCUGCCUGUGUAUCCUCAGCUACGUGCCCUGGUUUGAAGUUUUCUACAAGAUCUUGAACUACAUCGCAGACAACUUGGCCAAGGAACAGUUCACAGAGCUGGAUGUGUUCUUGUCUGCACUUUAUCUCCAUCCUGUUCCUGACCUCAACAGCCCCAUCAGCCUUGAAUUUGAUCUAAAGAUGACCAAAUUGAAAAUUUCCACUGAGAAGGAUCCAAACAAACAAGACAAGAGACAGGAUCCGGACCCUGGAGCUGCAUCAGUUUAUUUCAUUGCCCCUGACCAAGGCAAACUCCCCACCAUCCCUGAAAGUAGGAACCUGACAGAAUUUGUUGUGGCCGUGGAUGCAAACAACAUGUUGCGCCUGUAUGCGAGCCUGCUCCAUGAGCGACGGAUCCUGCUCACCACCAGAAAACUCAGCACGCUCACAGCCUGUGUUCAGGCCUCCCUCUCCAUGUUGCAUCCCAUGCACUGGCAACACAUCUACAUCCCAGUGCUGCCUUCGCACCUCCUUGACUACUGCUGUGCCCCCAUGCCCUACCUCAUAGGAAUCCACACCAGCUUCAUGGAGAGAGUGAGGAGCAAGGCCCUGGAAGAUGUCGUCAUUCUCAACAUUGACAGCAACACCUUUGAAUCGCCCUUCCAGGACCUGGAAAACCUCCCAAGUGAUGUAGUUACGGCAGGGGCCAAAGGCCAUGCCAAAAUGCGGCUGAAGAAUAUGCGGAGCCGUCUCAUGGAAAAGGAUUCCAGUACAGGCCCUCAUCGACAGCGAGGGCAUUCCUCGAACUGUGACCAUAUCUCCGACCCCAUCAUACCCACCAGGAAUAGGCAGUCUGAAAGCUUGCAAAGCCGGUUGCCCAUCACCCAGCACUUUGGGAAGUCUCGCCCCAGGCGACCACAAAGACAGAGCAGCAGUACAGAAUUGGAGUCACAAAGGGAAGUUUCCAACUCUUCCAGCUCAAGCUCGCUGGAUUGUUCUUUGGAGCCUGGAGAACCUGAAAAUCUGCACCCGGACUUCCUGGAUACAGGUGGGAUUGACCUCUUAGGUGAAAUCUUUGAGACUCUAAACUUGCUGGAGCCAAGCCAAGCCCAGCGGCCACUCUAUGGGACGCGGAGCCUGGACUUCUGCAACCUAGAAGAGAGGAACUUCUAUACCAAGCAGAGGCCCAGCAGGAACACACUCCAUGAACCCCUGUCUGAGGAAAAGGAUGAUGGUGGUGGUGAUGAUGAUGAUGAUGACUCAUUGUCCGAGGGCACCCUGCUCCCAGCCUCUCCGGAUCAGGAGCAUGUGCAGAGUGCUCUGCUAGUGUCCACCAGAGCAGCAGAAAAUAGCUUUGAGAAGUGGGACCGUGACGUCCCUGAACCCGAAGAGAUUCCUUGCCCUGAGAAGUCAGCAGUUCCAUCGCAAGGGGAGACAGCAGUUCUUACCGCUGGCUAUGAGCUGCCGCAAGUGGCAUGGACCCGGAAUACAGACCACGAGAACUCCAGUACAAAUGAAAAUGGAACUGAAAGCUGCACUGAGGUGGAGUCCGGACAGGAGUCUAGGACUGACCAGAUGCUCAAACUCACUCCAGCCAUUGCCGCCACCAAGGCAGAGCCACCAGCAACCAAUUGCCCUGGCAUCCAAUCACCUGCGGCUUUGUCCCAAAGAAAAGUGAAUGUGGACACCGACUUCAAGACCAAGCACGGUGUGUCAGCCCUUGGGGUGGUCACUAGACCACCAUACUCCUUGACUUCCCGGCCCUUGGCCAAAGUGUCAGAGCUGAAGAAAAGAUUCGAGGCCUAGAAAGUGAGUGAGGAGUCUGUAGCCUUGGAAGAGGAACACCUGUCUGUUCUUUUUGACUUCCGGGGUGAAGUAGUAGCUUCUGUGGCCGGAGGCUGCACUACAGGCCUCUCCUCUGGUGCCACAAGGCAGCUCUGGGCUUUGAAAGGCACUGGGGGAAACACCCCAUCGCUCCGGGAAUCAAUAGUGACUUCUAGAAGCAGAAGUGGGUUCUCCUCUUAGUCCCAGUGCAUAGGACUCGCUUGCUGCCCUGACUUGUAAGCUGCCCCCUGCUCACUACUAAGAGACAGCAGUGCUUUUUUUCUGGGGAUACUCAUACACCUGAACAUUUUGUGAAUCUAUGUUUGGCCUCAUUGAAGGGCGGAAUUUCAAUAUGAGUAGGAAAAUGAGAGUACCCCUAAACAUUUUUAAAGAAAAAAUCAAUGUGUGUGUGUGCGUACAGUCAUAUUCCUGGGACUGGGGGAAAGACUGCUUUAGCACCAUUCCUCUCCUAAACACAUGAAAUUGCUCUUCAUGUAACUUUUCCCAAUAUGGAAACCGUAUCAGGGAAAGUAUGUAACUGGAAAAGGACAAGCUAUCAUCUUGGGCUGUUUCAACAUAUGCACUGCUUGCCACUCAGUGGCUGCAACAUCAGUUAAUUUGGGGGGGGGGUGCACACGUGAAUAAACAUAAAUAAAACCAAGGAACUUUAGCUCCAGAUGUGGUAAUGGCCACUGGUUUUUAGGUAGCAGUAGUCAAUAAAUUCGUGGAACAGACAGGUCUGUCGGUUGCUGUUAUUUAUGCUAGCCAAAUGGACCCUCCAAGUUCAAAGUCUCUGAAUACCAGCUGCCUGGGCAGGGGUAGCAAUGCAAGUGAGGCUGUUUCCUCCAUUCACUGCUGGUGGCCUUUCCAGAAGCACCUGGCUGACUGUUGCUAAAAUCAAAUAAUUGUAGGCAAAAGCUAAAUGUAAAGGACCCCUAGAUGGUUAAGUCCAGUCAA